UUUAGUGCCAUCAAAGAACAAUAAUUGUUUUUUAAUUUUUAAACUUUUUAGAUUGUUAUUUGUAUUUUGCAUUUGCAUAGACUAUAAGUAUAGAUGGUGAAUUAUAGUGAUGUGUGUAGUCUUGUCUAGUGUGUUUAUGUUAAAUGUUUAUAAGUUAUAAAUUAUAACAUUUUAAAGUCUUAAAUAAUUAAUGUUAAUACAUUAACACUAAUAAUUGUUUAACCUAAAGUAGGCGUUUAAAAAAUUGUUUAUUUUUACUAAAUAUUCUAGUUUUUAUCAAUUGUGACUGAGGUGUAGAUACUUUGGUMUAUUUAAAAUCAGUACUUGCUCAUUUAAGCAAAAUGGAAGACGACUAUGAUGAAUAUCGUCGCUGGGACGGUGACGUUGAUGUAGAGGCUGAUGACAAUGACGACAUAUUAGAAAAUCCACAAGAAACUUUAACUCAAUGCUUAGAGAAAUUUAGUAGUGCUGAUUAUAUCAUGGAACCAGGAAUAUUUUCACAGCUUAAAAGGUAUUUUCAAGUGGGUGGAACUCCUGAGCAUGUUAUAGAAUUGUUAUCAAAGAAUUAUAUUGGUGUUGCUCAGAUGGCAAAUAUGGUUGCUGAAUGGCUAAUUCUAGGAGGUGUUGCGGUUGGUGAAGUUCAAUCCUUCGUUGAAAAUCAUCUCAAAGAUAUGGUAUUAAAAACAUUUGAUCCAAAAAAAGCAGAUACAAUAUUUAGUGAAGAGGGAGAAACUCCAGCUUGGUUAACAGAAAUGAUUGAACACAAAAUAUGGAGAUCAUUAAUUUAUAGAUUAGCAGAAGAAUAUCCUGAUUGUCUGAUGCUUAAUUUUACAAUUAAGUUGAUAUCAGAUGCUGGAUAUCAAGGUGAAAUAACAAGUAUAUCUACAGCUUCUCAACAAAUUGAAGUAUAUUCCCGAAUAUUAAAAAAUUUUAUUACAGAAUCCAUAAAAACAUCUAGUGAAAAUCGUCAAAAUACAAUACAAGAGUGUGCUAAAAUGGUAUGCCAUAGCCAACACACAUAUGUUUUUACAUUAGUUGCUCUUCAAGUUUUAGCUAAGGAAACUAAUGGUGGAGUUAAUAUGAAGAGAUUUUCUCAAGAAAUAACUCGCUGUGCCCAAGAGAGAAAUGAUGUGACUCCUAUUACUAUGGCAUUAAAUGGCGCUGCUCCGUAUGACCAGCCUUGUGCAGCUUUAAGUUCUAUGUUAUCACGAAAUGCCUUAAAUCCUGCUGAUAUAAACGUAUUACAUAAACAUUAUUCAUCAUCAGAUUCUCCUCCCGUCAGUUUACUCAGAAUACCACAAUUUCUUGAAUUAUUAGUUCAGGCUUUAUUUAAGCCAGGAAUGAAAUUAAAUCCGGAAUACAAACCCAAGUACAUAUAUCUUUAUGCUUAUUCUGCAAGUGUGUAUGAAGUUACAUCUGGUAAAAAAAGGAAAGUUAUUAAUAAGGAUGAUUUAAAAUMUACAAUACAAGCUGUUGAUAAAGUUCAUAGUAUAUGUAAUUUGAACAAAAGUUCAACAGAAUUAAUUGCUGAAGUUGCCACUAUUUAUCACUGCAUCAGAUAUCCUGCUGUUGCUGUCGGUUUAAUAUGUUGGGUUGAAAGUACUGUGACAGAACCAAGUUUCUUUAAGUUAUGUACUGAACAUACACCAACACACUUAGCACUCUUAGAUGAAGUUGUUACAUGCCAUCCUCAACUGCAUAAUAUCAUAUUAAAAUUAUUUGUCUCUCUUUUUGAAUCUAAACAGGAUGAACUAGAAAUUCUAGUGCACUUGGAGAUGAAAAAGAUGCUUCUUGACCGUAUGGUGAACCUGUUGUGUUGUGGUUGUGUUGUUCCAGUUAUAAAAUAUAUUGAACAAUGUUGGCAUAGAGGAGAUACUGAUAUUUCUUUAAUACGUUAUUUUGUUACAGAAGCUUUAGAAGCAGUUUCUCCCCCUUAUUCAGUUGAAUUUGUUGAUUUAUUUUUACCAAUUGUUGAGAAUGAAGAAAUAACUGGUACAAUGAGAUGUGACGGAGAAAAUGAUCCAGUCUCAGAAUUUAUUGUGCAUUGCAAAGGAAUGACAAUAUAAAAUUGACAACAUAUUAAGGUGUAUAAUGGAAGUAUAUACAAAAAAAAUAUAUAUAUCAACUAUUAUUUCCAUGUAUAUUUGGUUUACUUAAUUUGUGUAUAUUUUUAUAAAAUUAUAAGGUUUAAAAUAUAAUAUGGUGUUUCAAUUUUCAUUACUUACAGCAUUACCGCAAGGRAUGUACUCGCAAAGUUGUCUACUAGUGUUGUACUAUAUUAGGCCUGCUCAAUGUGUAGGGGUUGCUGAAUUUACUAAUAUAAUUAUCAUAAAAUUCAAACAGUUUUGAACUUGGAAAAAUAAGUAGUACUUUAAAUCAAGAUCAAAGCUCUGAAUAAAUUAUA